AUGACAAAUCCUAGUGCUGCUGCUCGUACCAAUUUGACCUUUAAAGAUGUCGACAUUUCCCGUGAGAAACUUGGCGAAGGAAGCUUUCGUGAGUGUUACGAAGGCAUUUACAUUGGGGGUCAUAGAAACACGCAAGAUGCGGCUUGCAAACGUUUCAAGUCGCAAUAUGCUGCGAGCAUCGAACAAGAGUUCUUUGCGCAAGAUGAAUUCAAGAUAUCCGAAAGUGCCAUCCAUAUGGCGGAAUGUUGGAAUGAAUUUUGCGACAAGAAUAAGAAAAUUAUAAUGUCUCAGGGGAGCGUCUAUGAACAAGAUGGUCGGAAGUAUCUGAUUGAACCUCUCAUCAGAGACUUUACAAAAUUCAAUUCCAAUUCUGGAUGGAUUGGUGAUGCUGCUUCGGAAUGGCAAGUUCGCUGUAUGGAAGCAUUUACUCACUUUACGUAUCACAAAUCAGGUGGACAAUCGAUCGUCUGUGAUAUUCAGGGACGCUACCGGAAGGAUAAAUUCAAAAAAACCAAGUGUCGCUUUGAAUUGAGCGAUCCAGCCAUUUGCUCUCGUUCAAGAUCGUAUGGGCUAACAGAUUUGGGUGAAAAGGGCAUUGACUCUUUUUUUGCGAACCAUCAAUGCAAUGAAUUUUGUCAACAUACCUGGAGCCGACCCAAGCAAACCAAAGCUUGGUUUCCUGUGGCCAAAGGAACCUCCAUGGUAUCCUCCGAAGUGGCUGCACAAUUGAGCCUGACGACACCACCUAGAUUCCGACUUGGAAGGAAUGGAUUGUUGGAAAUUGCUGAAGAAGAAGGAAAAGAAAAUAAGUUCGCAAUCGUGGCGAACAGCAACAUUGAUUCUUCUUCCAGAAAGAACAAGUCUAAAGGGAAGAACAAUGCUGAUGGUUUGGCGACGUUUGACAGUCUUGAAGUUGCCGGGGACCAUCAUUAUCAUCAAGUCGUGGGUGAAGUUGGAGAUAGUGGAAGUGAUUGGAGUAGUGAUAACGGCGAUGGCGAUGGUGACAAUAAUAGUGGAAGCGACUGGAGUAGUAGUCGUGGUGACGAUGAUGAUGAUAAUAAGGCCGGGGAAAACAAUGGCGGGGACAACAACAUCAGCAGCCUCAUCAUUAACAAGGGAUAUGCAGAAUACGACGAUGACGAAGUCGCAGGGGACAUUGCCAGCAAUGACUACAACCAUGAUAACAGCUAUGACGUUUAUGGCGAUGAUUAUGGAAGCGAAUAUGGUGAUGUUGAUGAGAACAAUACAGAUGUAUUUUUCAUUGGAACUGGGAUUGGUAGUGAUGACGAAAAGAUUGUAGGUGAAGACAGCGGGGAUGACAGUGACUUUCAUGAUGAUGAUAAUGACAACAAAAAGGGCAAAGAUGCCGGCAAUACCGGUGAGAACGAGAUCAUUUUCUGUUAA